AUGGAGUACUUCGAUUUCGACGACGCCUCGCAUGCCAUCCCCGCCUUGGACCUUGACGAGUGUUCGUCGGUCGCGGGCGAGGCCUGCGAGACCGAUGCAACGGACUGCUAUGAAUCGCUUUUUUUCGACAAGACGGCGGCCCUGCCGACCAGUCGACCACCGACCACCAAAACCGUCAUGCUGAAGCUAAUCAACAACGUCGAAAUUGAGGCCAUUCCACAUCCUUCCGACAUCAGCGCCGACUAUCCCAUGUUUCGUGCCAAAGAGCCUUGCGACCUCUGCGCGCGAAUGGGUCUCGAUUGCUUCUUGGCUACAAGAGGCGCCAUGGUCGCAGGCUGCACCUGCUGUAUCUCCCUGUAUCGAGAGUGCAGUUUUGUGCACCCGAAAAUCCCCAAGGGCUUUGUCAACACUUUCCCAGGAAUUGCAGAAGACCAGCAGAUUACGGAAGGACCUUUGACCGAACGGAGAAAGGCCAUGAAGUCAAUGGAAGAAGGACGAGGCCGCAAGACUGGUGCUCGCUUCCCGCGCGACGCUGUCAAAAUCUUGAAACAGUGGCUUGGUGAACAUGCUGAUCAUCCGUAUCCCAACGAGCGAGAAAAGGACGAGCUCAAACAGGUCACCGGCUUGAAAAGGAGCCAGAUCUCGAAUUGGCUGGCCAAUGCGCGCAGACGAGGCAAGGUCAGGCCUUCGGAUUCUGGUCCAUCCUCACCGAUGCUGGGGGCUAUCGACAUCCCCCAUAGAGCCGAGAACCCAGACGUCACAGAUCUCAAUCCCCUAGACCGUUGGAAAGCCUCGCCGCCGGAACACGAACCUGCAUCGAUGACCGCUAUUGCUCGUGCCGUCACUUCCACCCCCCUCCCAGUUCGUAACCCGUCUCUACCGGGUAUUCAAGGCUCGAGGCCCAGCUCGAGGAGGGCGUCGAGCGAAGAUGAUUCGUCCUUCUCCAUGUUCCGUGCUCCGUCAGUAAGCAGUUUUGGAACCAAAGAAUCCAGCAAUUCCGAUCUUACAUUCGCUUCAUCGCGGUCGAACCGAUCAAAGGGUUCUUUUGCAUCUUCGCAAGACCGGCGCCGGCGCCGGCGAGCUCCUGUGGCGCAACGCACGGCUGCGCAACAGGCAAAAUCCCGAGCUGCCAGGAUAUUCCAAUGCACGUUCUGCACAGACUCUUUCCCGGCCAAGUAUGACUGGCAGAGACAUGAGAAGUCCCUUCAUCUUGCUCUCGAGAGGUGGACAUGCUGUCCCCACGGUGGAACCAUGACUGACGCAUUGACGGGAAUGCAACUUUGCGUCUUCUGCCGCGAGCCAAAUCCGUCUGCGGAUCAUUUGGAAUCGCACAAUUUCACCGCAUGUCAGGAGAAGACACUGCAAGAGCGGACCUUUUAUCGGAAGGAUCACCUUAGCCAGCACCUGAAAUUGAUGCACAACGCAAAGGUGCAAUCGCACAUGGACACCUGGAAGAGCACCACCAACGAAAUCAAAUCCGCCUGCGGCUUUUGCCCGUCCAAGUUCACCACUUGGCAACAGCGAGCUGAUCAUCUCGCUGCACAUUUCCGGAAUGGUUCGGAUAUGAGCAAUUGGGGUGGCGGAUGGGGGUUUGAGCCCUUUGUCGAAAGACUGGUCGAGAACGCCAUCCCGCCUUACCUGAUCGGCCACGAGAGGAACACGAUGGACCCCUUUGUCGCGAGAUUGAUGGCCACGCCGUCCUCUAACACCGACGGAGGAUUGACCAAUGGCACCUCGGCCGAGAGCACGGAGCCUGAUCAAAUGACUCGCGAUUCUAAUUGCUGGGGUAGACUAGAGCAGGAACUGAGCAAAUUUGUGUCGCAACAGAGGGUUGCGGGUCACAUCCCGUCAGAUAAGGAGCUGCAGGAUCAAGCACGCCUGAUAAUCUACGAGGACAACGACCCCUGGAAUUGGACCUGCGCGGACAAUCAGCAGUGGCUUGAUACUUUCAAGUAUCAACAGGGGAUCGGGAAUGUCACAGAAGCGAUGGUACCGACCCAAAGUCUGGCUGAAGUGCCCAUCCUAGCCCCGUACGUGAUCAAGGGUGGCCUAAAGUCGAAGCCGGCGACUACCCAGACACCGCGCAGGACUCUGUCUACCGAUACCAGCUCUUUCCCAGCCAUGACACCGGACUGUGGCAGCGUACCCAACUCCACCGCAACCGGGGUAUUCGACAAUGGCAUGGAGCUUGACUUUGACAGCAUUGACUUCAGCAACCUCGAUCUGGGAAUGGUCGACGAUUUGAACUUCGAUCUGGGACUCGACAACAGUCAAGGAGGAGGGAUGGCAGGCGUGGGCGGAAUUGGCGUCUCAAUGACGCCUGCAACGCCGUUCUCGUCGAGUAUCCCAGGUGAUGCUUUGUUCGGUUCGUAUGGGGUGAAUCACCAAGUGGGCAUGGGAAUGGAUAUCAACAUGAACACAGGGAUGCCUCUUCCACAGCAACCGACACAGGUCGGCGGCAAGGGCCCGUUCAUGAGUGACCGCGAUUUGAGCCAGCUAUCUGGGUACGUCGCGGGAUUCAACUGA